AUGGACAUCAGCUUUUGAUUUUUGACAGAGGAAGUUAUUAUGAUUUGUUUUCUGUCAACAACGUACCCGUAUCUAUUUGUGGAGUACAUCAAAUGCUUGGUUUGCUGCCUUUGAUCAGCGAAUUUACCAAUAAUGGCACAUCCUGGUUGGACAUUCGGUAUAAUGCUGGCUGUAGCCAUCGGUACAGCAAUGUAUUACUACUUCAGAAACGAAAAUCCCAGACUAAAUUACGAGACUGCGUCCCCAUUUAACCUAGCACCACCGCCUCGCUCCGUCAACCAAUCUCCGCGGCAUCGAAGGCGUAGGAAUUCUAAUGACUCCGAGAAAGAUUGUGUGAUAUGCUUUGAUGUAUUGAAAGCAAGUUCUAUUAAACAGUUAACUUGUGGUCAUAAGUUUCAUGCCGAUUGCAUUAAUAUGUGGUUAAACGUGAGAGAUUCUUGUCCUAUUUGCAGAAGUUCAUCAUGAAGACUUGUUACUGAAAUGUUUCUUUUCUAAUUUACAAUACAGUUUUUGAAGAUAA